UAUAUUCAGAUCCACGCUGGCUCUCCAAGGGGGAGCAACAUCUUCUUCUCGGCUUCUGUCGACUUUAAUCUUCUAAUUACUCAUCUACUUUAAUUCUUCUUGUCAUGGCGCCGGUCCCUCAGAUCGAGGCCGAAAUGGACAGCCAUACUUCCGACAUGGCCAGCCAGGACUCUCCACUACGCCGACAAUUCUCCGAGCCUAUACAUGCUCGCUCGACCUCCACUCAGGCCUCGCCAUCGCCCUCCCCUGUAACCCACCGGUCCAAGUGCACCUGGUGCGGAAAGUAUUUCGAGUCAAUCAAUGGCUCUGAGUCUAAAAAUGACGCUCUCAAAGAACACAUCGCUACUGUGCAUCCGCACAUUGCCAGGUUCGCCAUGUAUGACGGUGCUGAUGACGAGUCUCACGCCGAUGACCAGGCCGAUGAAGAAAGUGCCGUGGCGGGCGGAAGCGAAGUCGAAGACGACGACAUCGAAGCUGAAGUCACCGAAAAUGGCGUCACUGUUGGUUACGAGAAAGAGCAAGAGCUCAAUGGCGACGAGCCUGCGGAUGGGCCUGAUGCCGACGCACUUUCCAACCAGCUUCACGAGUUUUCUCGCGACCAGGAUCCUGUCUCGCUUGACCAACGUCUCCACAAUCUGUGGAACAUUCACGACAUGAAGAACUUCACCGAUUACCUCGACAGAUCACUCCCCCUUGACGAAGCCUGGGCCGUUGUCCUUCAGCACGAGGCACAGGCGAAGGAGGACCGCGAAAAGGCGAAGGAAGAACGCGCCCAGGCGAAAGAGGAACGUGCGAAGAAGCGCGUUGCCGCUGCAUUUGGUAAACGACCGGAGCCCUAUCGGAAGUCUCGGACAAGCAAAGGCGAGUUCCUCGAAAUCUCGCCGCUGGAGGACUUUCUGGGCCCGCUCCGGGAUGCCGAGCUUCGCACUAGCGAAGAGCUCUAUGCUAUUACGGAAAACACCGCCUACGCCUUGAAGGCCUGGCAGGACGAGUACCUUGCUAUCGAAAAGUUGCAUAAGCUCGCGACCCGGCACACGGCCAAACCGGUCAGUGACCCGAGGAAGUUACAACGACCCCAGGUGUUUGAGGACAAGAAGGAGGCGAUGCUUUACGGCUACAAGUGGGAGGCGAAAGAGGACAAGGUCGGCAACCAGAACCCGUUCACCCAGGGCGGAUUCAAGCCCACGCCUGCACAAUUCCGCAAAAUGUCCGCUAAGAUCGGCCCCAACCACCCCAACCCCGAUGGCUGGCGCACGGUCAAAAAGUUCGGCGAGGAGUACGUCCCCAAGUUCCAGAAUCCACCCCGCGAGGAGUUCGUCGGAAAGGCCACCCGCAAGCGCAAGGCGGCGGAGAUGGAGGCGGCCAACAAAGAGGCAGCCCUGUCCGGUUCCGAGGUCGAGACUCCUGUUGUGACCGACAACGAAGAGCAGGCUGCCAGACGGCGGACGCGUGGCCGUCGCCCUGGCACCGAGGGCGACGAGCCUCCUGCCCCCACCCGAACAGCGACUCGCGGGCGUGGGAGUGGCCGUGGCCGCGGGAGAGGCGGCAGUCGUCUGGGGGCCUCUGCGGAGGCUUCCCACAGGGCAUCUCCAUCGCCGGGACUCGGGUCUUUGCAGGCGCGGCCGCCCCCCGCGCAGCUGGCGCCCCUCGAGCCAGCACCCAGCACAAUCAUGCCGACCGCCAGCGAGACCGGGGGGUCACCAGAGGUAGAAGGGGAUUUAGCGGAGGUGGCACGACGGCAAAAAAUCGCCAACUCCAAGAACCCGAAGCGGACAGAGGCCAUGCUCAAUCACUGGGCGCGAUUCAACCGGGAGGGUCGGGUGCGCAAUCCCAAACGGUCCAAAGCACAGAUCGAGGCCGACCGGGCGGCGGAGGUGGUGCGCAAGUCCAGUGAGCUCACCAAGCCCCCGAAGAUCAAAAAGAAGUCGGAUGGCGGCAUGUAUGAGGCCAGGCCCAACCCAGGCCUCGCCCCGGCUCCCAUGCCGGCCUCGAUCGCCCCCGGGCCCCCUGCGCAUCCUCAACUGGCCCCGAUGGCUGCCCCCGGCCCUCGCUCAACCCAUACGCGCCGAUUGACCCGCGGACGGUGACCUUUCCGGGGCCCCAUGGGCUGCUGCAACCGCCGCCGCUGCAACCCUACCGCACGCCCUACCCAGACUACUACAGCCCCUAUGGGGCCCCGGCGCCGGGCCUUGGACCGGGACAUGCUCGGCCUGCGUGAUGCUUUUUUUCUUUACUUUACUUUAAUCGAUCCAAAAGGGGUGUACAUCAGAAGGGGGGGGGCUGUAUUAUCUUGUUUUGUUUUAGCGUUUAUUCAGCGCCGGCGCCGGGGUUUUGUUUAUGGGUCGGGACUGUUGUAUAUGGGGAAGAAAAAGUUGUAUUAUAAGUCAUGUUAGCGAGUGAUAGCUCGUCAGGUUAUUUA